GGCACCGGGCAGCCGGGACCGGGCACCGGGCACCCGGGACGGGAGCACCGGACUCCUCGGGAUGGGGCACCGGGCACCAGACAGGCGCUGGGCGAGGGCGACCAGGUGCGGAUGACCUCGGAGGGCUCCGACUGCCGCUGCAAGUGCAUCCUGCGGCCGCUCAGCAAGGACGCCUGCGCCCGCGUCCGCGACGGCAGCCUGCGCGUGGAGGACUUCUACACCGUGGAGACGGUGAGCUCGGGGGCCGACUGCAAGUGCUCCUGCACUGCGCCCCCUUCCUCGCUCAACCCCUGCGAGAACGAGUGGAAGAUGGAGAAGAUGAAGAAGCAGGCGCCUGAGCUCUUCAAGCUGCAGUCCAUGGUGGACCUGCUGGAGGGAACACUCUACAGCAUGGACCUCAUGAAGGUCCAUUCCUACAUCAACAAGGUGGUUGCCCAGAUGAACACCCUGGAGGAGACCGUCAAGACCAACCUGAGCAGGGAGAACGAGCUGGUGAAGCAGAGCGUGCUGCACCUCAGCGACCAGAUGCGCCGCUAUGAGAACUACUCCGACAUCAUGAUGGGCAUCAAGAAGGAGAUCUCCAACCUGGGCUACCAGCUGCUGCAGAAGGACGCUGCCACCACUGACGGCAUGGCGCAGGACCCGGUCGGCGGCAGAGGGAAGGAGGCGGGCAGGUACCCCAGCGCCCGCAAGGGCCCGGGCGAGCGGGGGACAGUGUCGGCGGCGGCGCGGGCGCCCAAGGAGAAGCAGCCCAAGGCGGAGAAGCCCAGGAGGGAGCCGGCGAAGGGCAGGGGGGCGGCGCAACCCACGCCGAAGCCCCGGCCCCCCGCGGCCCCGCAGCCCGUGCUCCGUGGCAUCACCUACUACAAGGCCCGGCAGGAGGCGGAGGGGCCGGCCGGCGGCCGCGGCGAGUCCGGGCCGCCCCGGCCGCGGGCGGCCGCCCCGGAGAACCCCGCCGCGCCUCCCGCUCGAGCGCCCGCGGGGAGCCCGGCCGAGGGGGCUGCGCCGGAGCGGCAGCGGGAGAGGAGCCCCCAGCGCCCGGGCACCGCCGUGCCCCCCAGCACCACCGCGGCCCCCCGCGCGCCCUCCCUGCCCGCCCUCCCCGGGGCUGACGGCACCCCGGGCCCCGAGACGCCCGGCAGAGCGCGGGAGGUGGCGUGCGAAGGCACCCUGGCCUCGGUGGAGCCCCCCGCCGAGCAGCACAGCUACGGGCGCAACGAGGGCGCCUGGAUGAAGGACCCGGCCGCCAAGGACGACCGCGUCUACGUCACCAACUACUACUACGGCAACAGCCUGGUGGAGUUCAGGAGCCUGGACAGCUUCCAGCAGGGCCGCUGGAGCAACGUCUACAAGCUGCCCUACAACUGGAUCGGCACCGGGCACGUGGUCUACCGCGGCGCCUUCUACUACAACCGCGCCUUCACCAAGAACAUCAUCAAGUAUGACCUGAAGGAGCGGUACGUGGCCGCCUGGGCGCUGCUCCACGACGUGGUCUAUGAGGACACGACGCCCUGGAAGUGGAGGGGCCACUCGGACAUCGACUUCGCCGUGGACGAGAGCGGGCUCUGGGUCAUCUACCCCGCCGUGGACUACGACUACUCCCAGCAGGAGGUGAUCGUCCUCAGCCGCCUCGACCCCGGGGACCUCUCUGUGCGGAGGGAGACCACGUGGAAGACGAGGCUGAAGCGCAACACCUACGGCAACUGCUUCAUCGUCUGCGGCAUCCUCUACGCCGUGGACACCUGCAGCCAGAAGGACGGGCAGAUCUCCUACGCCUUCGACACCCACACGGGCACCGAGGCAGACCUCAGGCUGCCCUUCGUCAACCAGUACGCCUUCACCACGCAGGUUGACUACAACCCCAAGGAGAAGGUGCUCUACGCCUGGGACAACGGCCACCAGAUGACCUACAGGCUCCACUUCGUGGUGUGAGCGCCCGGCCGGGUCCCGCCGCAUGGCGAGAGCCCAGCUCCCGCCCCGGCGCCCCGCGCGCCCGGGAGGCGCCGGCAGCAGCGGCCCCCCGGGGGGACGCCGCCUGCGGGGACGCCCCCGGCCGCCGGCGCGCAGCCUCCGCGCUGCCUCCCCAGCUGCUCUUUCAGCCGGCGCGAUCGAGCGCGCCUGCGCUUUCGCCGCUCAGUAGCUCGUUAUUUAAACGCGCUCCUGGCCGGCGGCGCUUUGCAGCCCCGCUGUGCCCGGACCGAAGCCCCGGGGGCCCGGCGGCGCUUGGCUUGCUUUCCAGUCGUUUUAGGAGUGAACAGCAUUAAAAAGUACCGUGUAAAACCAG